CUUCUCAUCUAUACCUUGUUAUCGACCGUCUUGAAUGUGUCUCGUUUGUUAGAUUUGUCAGUGUUUCUGAACACACGAUCUUUCACUGUGCGGUUUAUAGAUGGUGGCAUUGUUCUUAACAUUAUUGUGAAAUCUCAUUAUAUUAUAAUAAUAUUAACUGUACAGGUUGGAAAUGGCAAGUCAACACCAUUCAUGCCAAAGAAAACAUGGUGGCCAUCACCAUAGACACAAACGUCGGAAGCAUGCGCCUAUUGUGUCUGGACCACUGGACCAAAUCAAGGAUGGCGGAAAACGAGAUAUGCACGCAAAGCUUGAGAAUAUACUUGACACUAAUUAUCCUUUCUGGCAGACGAAAGAUGAGCCAAAAUGCCUCCCUCCCGCAUUUGAAAUUAGAGAUUCAGACCGAGCAGGGAACGAAGCAGGCCAGUUAGCUGAAUAUCACAUGUACAAACUACUCAAUGAUUUUGGAAGAUAUUAUAAAGAGAAUAUGUUCAUUAUUCAUUCUUACAGCUUUGCCGAACGCAUAAAACGCACUGGCCAAGGGCCUCCUUUACGACUUCUACAUGGUGAAUGUGACUUUGUCAUUAUUCAUCGCUUCUGUGGUUUGAUUUUUAUUCAAGUCAAAGCAAGUAGAAAUCCUAAUAACCUGAGAGCUUUCAAUAAGGCCGUAUAUCAGCUAAACAAAGACAGAGACGCUCUGAAGGAAUUUCUUUCAUCGAAAGAAUGCCCAAAUGUUUUAAAAGAAACGGCCAGUGGUAUGAUAUUCAAGAGACAAGGCGUUAUUGCUCUUCCAAACUGUCCACGCAUUCACAAUAUCUCGGCAGAUAUGAUUCCAUGCUUUAAAGAAGACUGUAGAGAUAUACAGAGCUUCAAAUUGUGGUGGGACAAAAACAUAACUGAAAUCGAAGGGGAGAAAAUGGAUUCAAAUGUCUUCAAAGAGUUAAUCAUUAGGUUUUCGGGAAUUAGUCUUUGUAGAAACCUUUCUACAGAAAUAGAUGAGGUAGAUGACACACUUCAACUCGUUUUAACUCCACAACAACUUAACUGUUAUUCUAAAUUGUCUAAAGAGCAUUAUAUUACUGGCCCAGCUGGAAGUGGCAAGACUGUGAUGUUGAAUUUAAAAGUGGAUGAUGUAGUACGGGAAGUUAGAGAGCACAACCGAUGUGAACACACCUUGAUCCUGUGUUACAACGUUCCUCUGUCCAAGAAGUUUGUACAAGACUACAAACGUGCAGGUUUGUGUGCCUUCUGUGGUAGAGACUAUGUUACUGUGAUGCCGUUUGACCAUUUAAUCUCUCACAUAAAUAAAACAACAGAUCAGGAAAGUGACCAUGAGCAGUAUCAGAAUGAGAAGUCUGUGGAUGAUGCCAUAACAAGACUGAAGCGUAAAGCAAAGUCAAAUGUUAAAUACCACCAUAUAUUUGUUGAUGAGGCUCAGGAAUUAUAUGGGAUGUGGUUGGUAUUGAUCAGACAGUUGCAGAUUCCUCUGGUUGAUGAGUAUGGAGAUAGUUACAAUUUCUUGUGGAUUUUCUAUGACGAUAGCCAUUUGUCAUCCAGUGAUGUUAACCCUACUAUCAAAAUGUUAAACCGAUCAGCUACUGAUUUACAGAUGGUAGUCCGAAGUACAAACAACAUCUUCAACUUAAGUAGCAAACACUACAAAGGAUAUAAACAGAAAAUGAUGGGAAUCUCUCACCAAAUUCUUGGUCCGGAAGUGGUGUGGGAUUGCAGUCUAAAAAAAGGUUGUGCACAUCGUGAAAUCUGUCAGAAAAUAAUUACUCAUCUGAAUAAUCUUGAUGGAAGUGGCGUCAAAAGAAAAGACAUAUGUCUACUUGUUUCAAAUGUUGAAAUUAGAGAUUGGUUAUUGGAAGAUCUGCAACGUAAACAUGUGAGGUGUAUGCCAGCAGAUGAGCACAUUGAGAGACAAGCUGGCGAUGACACUGCUAUUGUGGAGACUGUUAAAAGAUUCAAUGGACUUGAAUCAAAGGUUGUGAUACUACUUGAUCCAACUCAUGUUACCACUGAUAAUGUUGACACUGAUUUUGUGCUAUACAACGCGUUCACAAGAAGCCGGUGCCAUUUGAUCAUUAUUACAGAUGAUGAAGGUAAGGAACAAAUGAACACAAACAGUACAAGCUGUUCAAACUCAGACCAUCACAAACAGAUUGGAACACCGUCAUCUUCCAAGUGA